AUGGACGAUGCCGAAGGCUUUUCGGAGACGGCGAGGUGCAUGGAGAGCAUCGGGAUUGGGUCCGAGGCGAAGGAGGGGGUGUUCAGGGUGGUCGCUGCCGUUCUGCACCUCCUGAACGUGGAGUUCGAUAUGGUAGACAUACCGGGCCAAGACGUUGGUUCGAAGGUCAGCGAGAGGGGGGAGGACUCUAGCCUGUCCUGGGCCUCGAAGCUCCUGGGGGUGAAGCCAGACCAGCUGGAGGAGGCGCUGGUGGCCCGCUUCAUCAACCCCGGGGGAUUCGGCUCCGCCGACUUUGUGGUGGUGCCCAGCUCGCCCCUGGUGGCGGCGUCUGCGCGGGAUGCUGUGGCCAAGGCUCUGUACUCGUCGCUCUUCGACUGGCUGGUGGAGAAGAUCAACCUCACGCUGACUGCCGCCAUGAACUCCAAGACUGCCGCGAACACGAGCAACAAGUAUGUUAGAUGCCUUGUUGUGUUUGGGGUGGAGUGGUGGCGAUUGUUUUGUUGUGCUUUGUGA